GGGGGGAACCCAUAGCGCCUGGAAGAAAGCCUAUUGGAAUCGAGGCUCUAUGGGCGAGGCCUCCAGGGGGCAGGCGAUUCCAGAAACCUGUGGUUGGGAGCAAGAAAAGCCGGCGUAGCUUCUGCUGCAGCUACACCAUCCCCAGCCUCGCCAGUCUUGCCUCGGCGCUAGCAGCCCUUGCGCUCCUUCCUCGCGCGUCCACCCGCUCCUCUGCCCGGGCUUCUUCAGUCUCCUUUCCAGCCGGCGCCUCUAGCAUGUGCGCUGCCCAUAUGACGCCCCUGGCGCACAUCUUCAAAGGGACUUUCGUCCAUUCCACUUGGACCUCUCCCAUGGAGGUGCUGCGCGAUCACAUCCUCGGCGUGAGCGAAGCUGGCAAAAUAGUGUUUUUGGAACAUGCUUCCCAACAAGAAAAACUGGCCACGGAAUGGGGCUUCACACCAAUUGAAGUGAGAGAACUCAGCAUCCAUGAAUUCUUCAUUCCUGGACUUGUUGAUACUCACAUACACGCGCCACAGUAUAUGUUUGCUGGAAGUAAUGUGGAUCUCCCUCUUCUAGACUGGCUAAAACAGUAUACAUUUCCAACAGAAAACAAGUUCAGCAAUAAGGAUUUUGCUGAAGAAGUCUAUACCCGAGUGGUUAGGAGAACUCUAAAGAAUGGUACAACCACAGCAUGUUACUUUGGAACGAUCCAUACUGACUCAUCCCUCCGCCUUGCUGAUAUUACAGAUAAAUUUGGCCAACGAGCAUUUGUGGGCAAAGUUUGCAUGGAUAUGAAUGGUGCUUUUCCAGAGUACAAGGAAACCACUGAGGAGUCAGUUAAAGAGACAGAAAGGUUUGUUGAUGAAAUGCUAAAAAAGGAAUAUACUAGGGUGAAGCCCAUAGUGACACCACGUUUCUCUCUUUCCUGCUCUGAGACUUUGAUGCAUAAACUUGGUGACAUAGCAAAGGACCACAAAUUGCAUAUUCAGAGUCACAUAAGUGAGAAUCCUGAUGAAGUUGAAGCUGUGAAAAAUCUAUUUCCUAAUUAUAAGAAUUACACAGAUGUAUAUGACAAAAACAACCUCCUGACAGACAAGACGGUGAUGGCUCAUGGCUGCUAUCUCUCUGAGGAAGAGCUCAAAGUAUUUGAAGAGCGAGGAGCUUCAAUCUCCCAUUGUCCCAAUUCAAACAUAUCGAUCUCCAGUGGAUUUCUAAAUGUGUUGAAUGUCCUGAAACAUAAUGUGAAGCUUGGACUGGGCACAGAUGUUGCUGGUGGUUAUUCAUCUUCCAUGCUUGAUGCUAUAAGAAAAACAAUCAUGAUAGCCAAUGUCCUUUACAUGAAAAAAAUAAAUGAGAAAAGCCUCACUCUUAAAGAAGUAUUCAGAUUAGCAACUCUUGGAGGAAGCCAAGUCUUGGGACUAGAUGAUGUGAUUGGGAACUUUGAAGUUGGCAAGGAAUUUGAUGCCCUCCUGAUCAACCCUAAGGCUUCAGACUCUCCCAUUGAUCUCUUCUAUGGUGAUCUGACUGGUGAGCUUUCAGAAGCUGUCAUCCAGAAGUUCUUCUAUCUAGGAGAUGAUCGAAAUAUUGACGAAGUGUAUGUGAGCGGCAAGCAAGUGGUUCCAUUUUCAAGCUCAGUGUAAGUCCACUAAGCCUUCUGAAGACAUUCUCCUGGGAUAAUUGAUGGAAUCAUCUCUCUGCAUCUCUCCUUUCAACCCAGGCAGAGUUGGAAAGUGUUGGUUAAAAUAUAGUACCUUCUUGUUGGGAAUGACUACUAAGUUUCUGUGUCUAAUUAAAGCAUCCACUUGAGAAAUUACUGGAGGGAAGCCAAGGAUCAUUUUAGGCUCCUGGGUUGGGUGGCUUUCAUAUAUAUGAAAAUUUUGCCUUUUGAAUUGUUGAGUUUUUUUUGGCCAUGCUCAAAAGUAAACUUUACUUUAUUAAUUUGAAAUGUUAAAUCAAUUCCAUGGAAAUGGUAAGAAGGACAGAUAGAGAUGCUUUUCUUUCUUAUAAAAAUGAAUCUUGAGCACAUAUGAAAAUUUUCAACUACAAAGUUGAAAAUUGCUUUGUGGGGAAAUCUUAAUGAAGAAAGAAGUCUUUAAGGAGUAUGAAAAGAAAUGUUGAAGAUAACUUAAAGUUAUUCAUGCUUGAAAAUUACAUGUUGAACAUUACAAAUUUUAAGAAGAGACCUUGCAGAAUUUUAGAAUGUGAUUUCAGAGCAAGUCUUUGUGCUUGAAUUUGCACUCACUGAAAUUUGCACUUCAUAGAUAUUUUGCUAUUGUUUUUUGGCUUUGUUUUGGAUGAAACUUAGGAAACACAAUGCUAAAUGCUACAUUAAGAUAGUUCUGUGCUUGUAAAUUUGUGUCGAAAGCUGGAAAAUGGCUUUUUAAAGGUCUCUUAGGACUAUUAUUAAUGCACUUAUAUGGCACAAGUAGGAAUAUUUUUGAGUACCUUAAAACACUUUAAAUUAUAACCAUGCAGUGUUGUUAUCCAUCAAAAUUAUACUGUUGGAAAGAAAAUGGAAACAUACUGCAUGAAGUGGUAUUAUCCAUAGGACUACAAAUUGAAAAUUGCAAAGACAGAGAAGACCAGUAGGCAUCAACAAAUCUAUGUAAUCUCAUCAUCAUAUUUGUAAAUAAUGGGAAAACUGUUGUUGAUCAAAGCUUUACUUGGGAAAGGUUCCAUUUAUUAAAGACAGGCUCUACCUGUCUGGAUACCUUGGUAUCAAGGGUUGAUACCAAGCAGUACCUGGCAUUUUGAAAUACAUGUCAAGUGUUUUUUUUUUUAAUGGAUAUCAUUAGAAAAGACGUUUUCAAAGCCCUCAUUAAAGCAGAUAAUCCUUUGCUGAAAAUGCUCUACUCUUAUUUAAUAGAAUUUAAGUACAACCAAAUAACAAACAAUAGAAUUUAACCAAAUGACUUGGAUAUUAUCUUAAAAUUUAUUGUAAUUCCAUAUCGAGGGCAGGGACUGGGUUUUUUUUGUUUGUCUAUUUUGGACUUCCUUUGUAUUCCCAUUUCUUAACAAUACCUAGCACAUGGAGAACACUUAAUAAAUGCAUGUUGAUUGGCUGAGCAAUUGAUGUUUCAUAUUUUAAAGGAUACAAAAGGAACUUGAACUUACUGACAUAUUACUCUUUGCCUUAUUCUAGAAUUGGAAACAAUUUUUGCCUCUGGAACAAAUCUUUGAGUAUUAUUAUUUAUGGGCUAUAUAACUCAAUUGUUAAUUUUAUAAAAGUUAAGCCCUUUUUCAUACCUGUGCAUUUUGGUCCUGGAAACCACAAUAGCUAGGAAAAAACCAAAAUCUCAGUAUUCCAAGUAAGCUAGUACCCAGCAGCAUAUUCCUAGCCACUGUUGGUUCUUGCUCACCUCACUUUCUUCUGUGUCUAAAUUGUAAAUGGAAAUUAAAUGUGGAUCAUUGGCUUUCGUUAAUAUUUAGAAUUAGCAUGCAAUCAGGAUAGCAAAGAAAAAAGGGAGGAAUACAGUGGCUGAGCCUGUUAAAUGUUAAGCUUUGUCCAGAGGGUAUGUUAGUCUAGUGGAAGGAGCACUGGAUUUGGAGUCAGGAGACCUAAAUUUGAUGAUCAACUUUGCCUAUGUGUGGCUCAGAGUAAGUCAUGCCUCUUCUCUGAACCUCAGUUUCUUCAUUUGUAGUAAGAGAGGAUUGGACGAAAUGAUUUCUGACGUUCCUUCCAACAUUAUCAAGCUGCGGAGCUGGGUUUUUUUUUAAAGGAACCUGCUUGAAAUGUUAGUGUCCUUUCACCUCCCUGCACUCACAGCACUUGUUACUUUUUUGUUUUAUUUCUACAAGAAAAGUGUUAUUGUGCAUUGCAUCUGCUUGUGUGGCAAGUGAAGUUAUACACUUUGAAACCUUCUUUUCCUAAUGUUGGCUAACUAUGUAAUAAAAGUUUUCAUGAAUUAUGGAAUGGCAGCACUAAGCCAGUCUGAGAUGUCAUUUUAUGUUGAAUAUCUUUCUCUCUGACAGAAGCAGGAAAGAAUUAUGACAGUGAUUUUAAGCAAGUCUUUUUGGAAAAUGCAUACUUGCUGUCACCCCCGUACCCAAGUUACACACCAGCAUAUUUAUUGGAGAGUCCCUAGCCCUCUUUUAAUCAAAUAUACAUUUUCCUGGAAUGAUGUUGCUUUAGCAUCACAAAAAUGUUGUAGCACCCAGAAUAUGGCUUCUUUCAUCAUCUAGAAUUAUAAAGAAACAACAUCCAUAAUAAAGAAUUGAGAGGCUGUAUGGGUAGUGGAAAGAGCUCUGGUCAAGGGGUCAGAGGAGCUUGAAUCUAGAGCUGCAAGGGACCUCUGAAGCCAUCUUGUCCAACCUCAUUUUUUAGGAAGUAGUCUUGGAGGGCUAUAGAGGUUAAGUGACUUGCCUAAGUCAUAUAGAUAGUAAUUGUCCAAGGCAGCAUUUCAAGCUUGGUCCACUGACUCCAGGACCAGUACUUUUCCCCUUAAUAUGUAUUCUCUAAAAGAGACAAUGUUUCUAGAUCUGGUUCUGCUCCUCACUAUCGAGGUAGCCUGGAGCAAGUCACUUAAAAUGAAGAGAUUAGAUAAAUAAGUGAUUCUGAAUCUGACUGCCUUCAGACAUCUUUUUUUACCUUAUCCCCUGCCUCCCAAACCUAAGAUUAAAUUUAGGAGGACAUAAGGUAUCCAGCUAAGGACAUUUAUUUUUUAAAUUGAGUUGAAAACAGAUUACAAGGUUUAUGAAUGUAAGCUCAAUGAUAGAAAAAUUAUCAGUCUAGUUCACCCAAGAAUUGCUCAUGUUUUGCUUAUCACUGCUUUGGGAAAGGAAAAGAAAAAGGUUAAAAGACAUUUAAAUAUAAAACAGAAAGUUCCCAUGAAAAAGAACAGAUUUUUUAAAAAAGCUUCUCAACUUAAGAAUAUAAUUUAUGGCAGACAAAUUGGAAAGAGUACAGAUGUUUGGUUUUUUUUAUAGCCCAUGUGUAAACUGAGCAGAGAAAUAGGUGGACUGAUGAUAAAAUGUUAUGAAUUAUUAAAUUGUUUUUAUGAUUUUCUUAUAAUUGGUCUUCAGCUCUUUCUCUAGGCUUAAAUGUAACAGAUUUUGGAAUAGAGAAUACAUGAGUACACUAGAGUAGAUUCUCCUGGUAUCUCAGAAAAAGGAAUAACCCUUUCUAAGUCAUUCUUUUGGAUGCACAAACCAACAGCCUCUCUAAUAUAAAAAGAAAUUCCACAGUUAGAAUAAAUAAUGGUGGUAAAGAAAUACUACCUCAUAAUCUUCAGUGGUUUUUUUGAAACCACCAGUCAGCCAACACUGUUGGUUGUGGGGUAAGGAUAUGAUUAGGAAUAUGUGGUCUCACAGCGUGUUUUAAAUGUUCACUCCUUCCUCAUUCCGGGAUUUUUGUCCCAAAAGGCAGAAUGGCACGUUCAUUGCUGUCUCUGUAACAUAGCCACUGUAAGAUGCAUUCUAACAGGAAGACAUUCAUGAGAGCACUGUUUUAAGACCAAUUAUAAUUACCCAAACUCUGGGAUUUUCCAAAAUCAAGGCUAUUUUCACUUAUAAAGAACAUAGGCUCAGAGGUAGAAAGGACCUUUCAAGGCCAUCAAGUACAACCUUCUUCAUUUCACAGAUGAAGAAACCAAGUCACUUGUAUGACUUGCCCAAGGUCACACAAGUACUAAGUUGCAGAGGCAAGAAUCAAAUCAAUGACUUCUGACCUCAAAGACAGUGUUCCUUCCAUCCCACCACCGGCGUCCUUGGUAACUACAAAAUGUUCCAAGACCAGUGACUUCCCAUUAUUUUUAAGCUGAGCAGAGUUCAUUGGCAUAUAAUUGGUGUCUUGUUCAAAGGCUAAGAACAGAUUAAAAAGACUCUGUUCUAAAUCAAAUGUGAUUUCAGACAGUGGUGAAUUUAAAUAGCUUGACCCCUGAAUUUGAUGUCUCUUUAGAGAAAAAUAUUAUGUAAAAACAUAAAUAAGCAUUUUUCAGACUCUAACAUUAAUUAUGAUAAAGAGCCUUCAGAUAUAAUCCCACUUCUCUUCUACCUAUUCUUCCCCCCUUCUACCCCUUCCCCUUUUGUAUCUUGAAUUGAUGAAGGUGAAACUGUUUGAGCUGUCUUAGUGAAGUACAAAAAUUGACCUUUAGCACCCGUGAUGAAAAGAAAAUCUGUAAUUGAAGACUGUGCUCCCCAUUCUCACUGUACCCAUGAAGACCCAGGUAACUAAGAUGCUUCUUUACACCUUGAUUAGUGACAGUAUUUGCCUGUCACUUUCCUGCUAGAAAACAGGCUUUUAUAGAUUCUGUCAGAAACGGCUUUUUAAGGAAAAGUACUUUAAAAUGUUUACUCUUAAGUAUAUGUAUUCAGUGAAAAAAUGGAACUCAAUAUUUGUGUUGAUUUGCUUAUUUCUCUUGAGUGUGAGCACCUGUGUGUUGCAAAAACAAAUAAAAACAAUCUUGUGUUUACCUUAA